AUGUCACAGCGUGAUCCUCGGCGUGGCGGAAAACACGCUGAUGAAGCCCUCAAGCGGCAGGCUGAUAGUAUUGCGCGCAACACACGUAUUCCUGUGUCACUGCAGCAGUCUACACCGGCAGACACUCUUGGUAUGCGGCCGCCAAGAUCGCUGUCGAAAAUUAAAGACAAGAAAUUGCGUUCAGAGCUUUCAAGGCAAUACUUAUCGCAAAAACGCGCCGCAAAUCAUGCUAAGCUUGCAGAUGAGUAUCUGCAUGGGACUGUGCCAGGAGAAGAUGCUGGUAUGAUUGAAGUUGAUGAUGAGAUGGAACGCACAGCUCGUGUUACACAAGCGCAAAUCAAGGAUCAGGUCGGUGUCGACACUGCGCGCAAGUCAUUCGAGCUCAAGCUUGGCGGUAAAGACCAAGUCGGCCUUGGUCCCUACCGAUGUGAUUACACACGUAAUGGUCGACAUCUCUUGCUUGGUGGACGAAAAGGUCACCUUGCUGCAUUCGACUGGCAAAGUGGCAAACUGUCUUGCGAGAUUCAAGUCCGCGAAACUGUCCGAGAUGUGCGCUGGUUGCACAACAACACCUUUUUUGCUGCUGCCCAGAAAAAGUAUACCUACAUAUAUGACCAAAAUGGCAUCGAGAUCCACCGGCUCAAAGACCACAUUGAAGUGCAGCGCAUGGAAUUUCUUCCCUACCACUUCUUGCUAGCUACGAUCGGAAAGCCUGGCUAUCUCAAAUACCAGGACACAUCUACCGGCAUGAUGGUCGCAUCACAUCGCACAGGUCUUGGUUCUUGCGCAACUAUGGCACAAAAUCCCUUGAACGCAGUCAUUCAUCUUGGUCACGCCAACGGCACCGUCACACUGUGGACACCGAACAUGUCGACGCCCGCACUAAAGGUGCUCACGCAUCGUGGCCCUGUGACGGGCUUAACGAUUGAUUCGCACCGAAAUGGGCGCGAAAUGGCCACCUGUGGUCUGGACGGCACUAUCAAAGUCUGGGAUAUGCGCAUGUUGGGCAAAGGUCCCCGGCGUGAAUGGACAAGCCGACGUGCUGCUAGUGAUGUUGCUUACUCUCAGCGGGGAUUGCUCGGUGUCGCCUGGGGUGCCCAUGUAAGCCUGUACCACACGGAGGCUGCAUUAGGCAAUGCCCCACCUGGUCCAUAUAUGACGCACGGCCUACCACAAUGCACCCCACUUCAGCUACGUUUCUGCCCAUUUGAAGACGUUCUGGGUGUGGGACAUGCGCAAGGCUUUACGAGUUUAUUGGUACCAGGUGCAGGUGAACCGAACUUUGAUACGAGUGAAGCUGAUCCGUACGAGACCAAGGCACGUCGUCGUGAGCGUGAAGUACACAGUUUGCUGGACAAGAUCCAACCUGAUAUGAUCACUCUGGACCCCGAUACGAUGGGUCAACUUGACACACGAGCAUCGCGCUUGUCUGAAGGUAUCGUGCCCGCGGCAAGAACAGACCGUCCCGGCUCAGUUCCGCGAGCUGCUGACGGGACGCCGUACGCACGCUUGUCGCGUGUUCAGCGACUUGCCUUGAGUGGCAAUGGUGAUGACAAUGGUGACGAUGCGUUUGUGCGAGCUGAAGAAGAUAGUUCGGUUGGACAUGAGAAUCGGGCACCAGUCGUACCAGCAAAAGGCACGACGAAGGAAAAGAAGCGCGCUCGUGGCCGAAACAGUUCGAUGAAGCGUUACUUGCGCAAAAAACGCCAGAAUGUUGUGGACGCCAACACGAUAGCCCUUCGUGAGAAGUACCAACGGGAAAAGGCUCGCAGACGCGAAGAGCAACAACCAGCUCCUAUGAAGGAGCCAAGUGCUCUGGAUGUAUUUGCCCGGAAUCGUGGACCUCGGAGGUAG